AGUAUAAAAGUUAUCACCAAUUGAUUAACAUAAAAUUGUGAAAGUAACAGAAAAAAUCAAAACAGCAAUUAAAUCGUGUUACCUGUUGAUUGUAAUAGUUAAUUUUUUGUAUCCACCGUUAAUUGUGAAAACAUCAAUUGAUUGAAACUAUUUAUAAGCCUUUUAUUAUUAUUAUCAUAGUUAAAACAAUUGAUUAAAAAUUGUAAAGUUAAUUGUUAUAGUUGAUUACCUAUGUGUUUGUAUUUGUGUGCAAGUUUGUGGUAAACAGUUAAUUAGUUAAUUGUUUAAUGGACAAUAUUAUGUUAUUAGUAUUGUUAUUUGAGUUCAACCUUUCAUUUACCUUUCUGUUGAUACAACAUUUCAUUCAAUUACAAUUAGUGACCUCAUCUAAAUGUCCAGAUGAUGAUUUAACCCAAAGUACCGAUGUUUCAAUUAAUAGACCAAUCGGAACAAUUAACUCUAAUUAUACCAAUAUAACAAUUGGGUUUUUAAGUUCAUUUGCCCGCUAUGGACUUGGAAACAAAAUAUCCGGGGCCAUCCCUUUGGCCGUUGAGGAAAUCAACAGAAAUCCCAACCUUUUACCCAAUCAUACACUAAAUUUUAUCGCAAUGGACGCUGGUCAGCCUAACAGAGCAACGUCCAUUCGUAUGAUGACCGAGAUGAGGGAUCAAGGUGUCAUCGCUUUCAUAGGUCCAGAAAAUAGUUGCCAGUCCGAGGCUCUUGUGUCAACUGCUUGGAACUACCCAAUGAUAACUUACAAAUGUGCUGAUCGAACUGUUUCCAAUAAAACCGUUUACUCGACUUUCGCUCGAACCUUACCACCAGGUUCUAAAGUGUCCAAAUCAAUCAUUUCACUAUUGAAACAUUUUAAUUGGAACAAGAUUGUAUUGAUUGUUAAUGAUAAUCCAACUGAUCGACAAGUCGAGGAAUCGUUAAUAUCAUUGGCUGCCGAUUCUGGGAUUCAAAUUAAUAACACUUAUUAUCUACCUCAGUAUUACCUGACUAAACAUAAAGAUCAGUUGGAAGCCAUUUUGGAUGAUAGUUAUUCUAAGACGCGAAUUUAUGUUUUAAUAUCGGACAUUGAAGCGGUCGCUGAUUACGCUCGUUUGAUGCACCAACGUAACCUACUGACCACCGGUGAUUAUGUUAUCAUCUCAAUUGAAGAUGAAGUGGUUUACUCACCAGAGAAGCAAGAAAAUUAUUUCCUUCAGGCAUUUGAAUCUUGUUUAAACACCGCCACUAAUCCAGUGACCAGUAAAACCGAUGGACUGACCACCGCCAUCAUAGGUGGAGGUGGAAAUGAAAGUGAUCUGAGGGAGGUUUGUGACUACGAUUCGAAAAUGUUGUUCCCGUUUAAAGCGGUUUUCAUAGUGACCCCAAGUGCGCCAAUUGAUCCUGAUUAUGAUCAAUUUAAGCGACGUGUUAAUUGUCGUAAUCGUCGGCAUCCAUUUAACGUACCAAUCCAUGAGCUCAUUGAUCCAGAUGUACCAAUUUAUGCUGGAUUAGCAUAUGAUGCGGUAAUGAUUUAUGCAAUGGCGGUAACACAAUUAAUUGUUGAAGGUGUUGAUUAUACCAAUGGUACUGCUGUCAUGGAGAGGAUUAAAUUGUUACGAUAUCAUAGUAUUCUUGGUUUCGAUGUGACCGUUGAUGAAAAUGGUGAUGCCGAAGGUAAUUACACCUUAUUGGCACUUCUGGAUAAUCCUCAGGCCAAAUGGAGCAACAAAACGAUCUGGAACAAGACGAUGCAACCUGUUGGUCGAUUUACCUAUCAAAGUGCAACCGAUUUACCUUCACUCAAUUUAGAACGUAAAAUUGAUUGGAUUGCGGGUGAAGCUCCACCAAGUGAACCUUAUUGUGGUUUCGAUGGUGAAAAGUGUGUCCAUAAGCCUAAUUGGGUGUUAAUUGUUGGUUCGACUACAGGAUCACUAAUAUUAAUCAUAAUCUUUUCCUUGGUCUUCAGACAUUAUCGAUAUGAAUAUAAACUUGCUUGUUUAUUAUGGAAAGUUGAUCUCAAGGAAUUAAUCAUCUUACAAACUAAUUCAGAAUCAACUUUACAAAAUUUACGAAAUACAAUUAAUUUUCAUCGAUUGGAUUCAAAUCGUUUCUCUACUUUUAUAACCUCCUCCCAGUCAGGGUCAAAUCGCCAUAGCAAAGGUAUAGUGGGCAGUUCUGGACCUCCAGGUAAUAUAAAUAGUUCAUAUGGAGGUAGUGGUUGUGGAGGUAAAAGUGACGGUGGUUGUGGGGGUGGUGGUGGGACUGGAGGAGUGGGUGGAAUCGGAGUCAACGGUGGAAACAGUGAAAGUGAAUAUGAAGAGCUAUUUGGAAAUGAGAUUGGAUUUUAUAAAGGGAAUGUUGUAUUCAUCAAGAGAAUUUAUAAAAAGAGUAUUGAUUUAACUCGAAAUGUUCGUAAAGAGCUAAUCCAGGUUCGUGAGAUGAGACAUGAAAAUAUCAACGCUUUUAUUGGAGCUUCGGUUGACACUCCCAAUGUUGUUGUGUUGAAACUUUAUUGUGCCCGAGGCAGUCUCGAGGAUGUGCUUAAAAAUCAGGAUCUUAAUUUUGACAAUAUGUUCAUUGCCUCAUUGGUUGCUGAUCUAAUUAAGGGAAUGAUUUAUCUUCAUGAUUCAUACAUCAUAUCCCAUGGUAAUCUCAAGUCAUCCAAUUGUCUAGUUGAUUCUCGGUGGGUCCUUCAGAUAACUGACUUUGGACUUCACGAGUUUCAACAGGGUCAAGAAUUUCCUCCAGAAUAUAUUGAAAAACGAGAACGAGGUUAUUUAUGGAGAGCACCUGAGUUACUCCGACAAAUUAAUCCACCGCCUCGUGGUACACAAAAAGGUGACAUUUACUCGUUUGCGAUCAUUUUAUUUGAAAUUAUUGGACGAAAAGGACCUUGGGGAAUCUCAGAACUUUCAGUUCGAUCAAUUUUAGACCAGGUUAAAUUUCCCCACCAUUAUGAUGGUGCUAUUUUCCGUCCACCAUUAGAUCAACUUUCGUGCCCCGAUUAUGUAGCAAAGUGUAUUCGAGAAUGUUGGGUUGAAGAACCAGAGAAUCGACCAGAUUUCCGUUUUAUUAAUAUUCAAUUAAGAGAUAUGCAAGCUGGAUUGAAACCGAAUAUAUUUGAUAAUAUGAUCGCAAUGAUGGAAAAAUAUGCUUAUAAUUUAGAGGGAUUGGUCCAGGAAAGAACUAAUCAAUUAUUGGAAGAGAAAAAGAAAACUGAAAAUCUUCUUCUCAGAAUGUUACCCAAGCCUGUGGCCGAGCAAUUAAAAAGAGGAGAACCAGUUAAGGCGGAAAGUUUUGAUGCAGUUACUAUUUAUUUCAGUGAUGUUGUUGGAUUCACUGCUUUAUCUGCAUCCAGUACACCACUUGAGGUUGUCGCUUUAUUGAAUAAUCUAUACACUUGUUUCGAUUCAAUUAUUGGCCAUUAUGAUGUGUACAAGGUGGAAACCAUUGGUGAUGCUUACAUGGUUGUCUCUGGUUUACCCAUUCGCAAUGGUGAUCGACAUGCGGGUGAAAUAGCGUCAUUAGCACUUCACCUUUUAAGUGCCAUUCAAAAUUUCCAGAUACCUCAUCGACCUGGAGAAAGGUUAAAAUUAAGAAUCGGUAUUCAUUCGGGUCCAUGUGUUGCCGGUGUUGUUGGCCUUAAAAUGCCUCGAUACUGUUUGUUUGGUGACACUGUUAACACUGCAUCAAGAAUGGAAUCAACUGGUGAAGCUCUCAAAAUUCAUGUCAGUGAGGCUUGUAAACAAAUUCUACUCAAACUUGGUGGUUAUAAAUUACAGGAAAGAGGAAUGACACCGAUCAAGGGUAAAGGAGAGAUGCGCACUUACUGGCUGUUAGGUAAAACUCGUCUUUCUAAUCAUCAUCUAUCAGCGGAAAAUGCAAUCCUAGAGAUUUCAAAUGACCUGAAAGAAUUUUCCGAUUCAUGCUUACGAGAAACUGGAUUCCCAAGAUCGACAAGUCCCGAUCCUUAUAAUCUUAAACUGGACGAUAAUUGGUCAAAUAUUAGAUGGACUUCAGUCGAGGAUAAUAGUUACCGUUUCAAUAAUAACAACAAUUCAGCUAAACGUUCAUCAAUGAUUAGACAUCGUACCAGUGAAGGCGGUGGUAGUGGAGUGAGUUAUUGUAUCACCAGUGGUGGUGGUGGGAGUUUAACGGGUGAUCUCGGCGAGAGAAAUGCUCAUGACAAAUUCCGUCGUAUAAAUUCAUGUGCCUUGGAUGAUAAAUAUUUUCGUAAAAAUCGUUCUAAUCAAAUUCAACACCAAUCAUCUUAUCAUCAACAUCAAAAUUGGCAAAAUCGUCAACAACAACAACAAUCACCACAAUCUAACCAAUGGCCUAACCAGCAACAAUCAAAUGCUCAACUUAAUCAUCAUUAUCAACAGAAACACCAACAUCACAACAAUCAAACUAAUCAUCCACAACAACCUUUACACAACUCAUGUCAACAUUAUUCCCAUCAUCAACAACAAUCUCAAGCUCAACAACAGCAACAAUUAGCAAGAAAUGAUACAAUUCAAUUUACUCUUAGCUGUUUAAGUUUACCAAGUAACAACAAUCAAAACUGGGAUGAACCAUUUAAUUCACUUGAUGAAGUACCAAGCGUAUCGAUUGAUCAACCAACAUCACCUAAAUCACCAACAAUCAUAGAUCUUCAAGAAACUAACAAUUUCUUAAAGCAACAAUUUUAAUCCACCAGUUGACA